GCCCAAUACAUAUCUAGAGCUUAUAUUUACGGAUCGCGAUUAGCUACGUCUUACUUAUGUCGCCCUACAACCGAAGAGAUGAAGAGGGAAUUGACGUGACCAAUGAGUCCUAUCCAGAAAAUCUACAACUGGGGCAGUACAAUGCAACGUCGACCGAGUCGAACCAGGAGUCUGCCUACAGGUUAGGAGAAGAAUUAAGAUAUAAUUCCUACUAUGAUAUUAGCUACAGGAACCGAAAUGCGGGCUCUAGUAAUAGGAAUUCGGCAUACGAUAGCCUCCUGAUGGAGCCGAUAAAUGACCCGGGAGCAGAAGCACUAGAAGGCAAUGAAAAGAAAUCUGUUGUCAGAGGUCCUCGACGGCGACUGUUUAGGAGCUGGGUGUGGGAAAUCGGCGCAUGCUUUCUUAGCCUCGCUAGUAUUGCAUCCGUGAUAGCUGUCCUAUCCGUCGAGAACCACAAACCCCUGGAUCAGUGGGCUUGGAGCAUAGGCCCGACAGCUGUAGUGUCCUUCAUCGCAGCAAUCGCUAAAUCCACCAUGUUAGUCGCUACAGUCGAGGUUCUUAGCCAACUCAAGUGGCAGCAUUUUCAUGGUCAGACACAUCCCCUGAUUGACCUUGAGAUCUUCGACGGGGCUAGUCGAGGACCAUUCGGAGCUGUCCAGCUCUUGUGGAAGAAAAAUAUUCGGACGCUGCUGGCAUCCUUGGCUGCAAUCGUUGUCAUCGUGUCAAUGCUCGUCGAUCCAUUCGUACAAUUGGUUUUUGAAUUUCCUGCUCUUUCCCUGCCGGUUUCAACUGCCAGCGCGUUAUUAAAUCAAACGCAAGUAUACGAUCCGAAUGGGUAUAUUAUAGACGCCCAUCUUACGGGGACUACGGCUUCGGCUGUCGACGCACAGAUGCAAGCAGCAAUUAUCAAGGCAGUUUCUGAACAGCCACAACCGCCCGCAGCUGCCUGCAGCACUGGAAACUGUACUUGGCCUCCUAUUACCACGCUUGGAGUCUGCGCCGACUGUACAGAUGUCACGCGACAAGUCAAUAUAAGUUGCCCGGGUCCCACAUCAGCAAAUCAUGGGCAGUAUCAAUGUGACUAUGGUAUGCCGUCGGGACGUAAUAUAUCUGGCUUUAUGUUCCGUGCCGGUGCUUCUGGAGAUGUUUUCCCUACGAGGUGGAAUUCUUCUGCCGUUUCGCAUGGCAAUACUCCCGGGGGUGCAGGCUCAGACGCGCUCUUGGCCUACAUAGAAGCUGUGCAACUCAAAGCAGCAUUUAAUUAUGACACCGACAUGUCAUCGAUGCUUCGGCAGCCAACUGCUUGGACAUGUACCUUCGCCCUUUGUGCUAAGACUUACGACAGUCUAAGCAUGACGAAUGGAAAAAUGAGCAUCACAACACCAACCGAAGACCCUAUGGUUCUCACCGGUAAUAUUACUAAUGGAACUACACCUAUAGGGGGAGGGCUUUCCGGCCUGUCUUUUUACCGAGGUCUAAAGGUUAACUCUAGCUCAUCUUCGGAAGAAACGUACCGUAUCAACCAAGCAGACUAUGCGAAUCUGGCAAACUACCUCACCGAGCUCUUUUCUACAGGAUGGGGCGAAAGAGGGUUUGGGGCAUCGAAUCGCGUACAACAGUCAACUGCACCGAACCUGGGAUGGGGGCUCUCAGAAGCUGAUGACCUUUCGCGGACAGUCCGAAGCAUUGCUGAAGGUAUGACAGAAAUUAUGCGAAACAGCCGCAACAGCACGCCGAUAGCAGGGGAGGCCCUCCGUACUCAGAUCUACAUCGAAGUCCAGUGGGGAUGGAUUGCAUUACCUCUUACUCUCAUCGUACUAAGUCUUUUCCUCCUCGUGGUCAUGAUUGUAAGAACCCACAGGAGCGACUUGCCCGUCUGGAAGAGCUCUAGCAUAGCGCUACUUUCUCACGAGGUGAAUGGCUGGGCUCCUGGGGGUGGGGUUAUAAGAGAAACUUCGACUCUGCAAAAGGAGGCAAGAGAUAUAUCAGUCAUGCUGCCAAGCGACUCGCAAGACAUGAGAUACGAUCCAGAAAUAUUACAAGUAAUAGCUAUGGCACAAAAACGAACUAUUCUAAUUACCGGCUGCUCCGAUGGUAGUUUGGGCUCAGCGCUCGCUCUCGCCUUUCACAAGAUCGGAUGGCGCGUUUUCGCAUCGGCUCGCAACCCAUCUAAACUAAAAGAAGCCGAAUUCGCUGGCAUCGAGACCAUACAACUCGAUGUUCUGUCUGAAAAGUCCAUCGCGGAUGGCGUUACCAAAGUCAAAGAGCUCACCGGUGGCUCGCUCGAUGCUGUCCUCAACAAUGCUGGUGCCGGGUAUUCUCUACCCCUGAUGGAUAUCGAUAUUGGGAAAGCUCAAGAGCUAUUCGACUUAAACGUCUUCUCAAUAAUCAGAAUGACACGUGCUUUUCUUCCGCUUCUCAUCGAGUCGGGCAGCAUGGUAGUCAAUAACACAUCAGCUGUGUCGGUGCCAGCCGGCGCCGUUCCCUUCCAAGGCGCCUACAAUGCAUCCAAGGCCGCCGCCGCAAACCUUACUGAAGUCAUGCGGCUGGAGCUGGCGCCUUUCGGAGUCAAGGUGAUCAACCUUGUGACCGGCUCUGUGCAGUCGACCUUCUUCGACAAUGCGCCCACUGCUAUUCUACCUCCUACCUCGUUAUACAACAUAGCCAAGGAGGCCAUUGAGAAGGCCAUGGGAUACGACACCUCUACUAAGAGUUUCGGCGAUCCUAACCAGUGGGCAAACCAGGUUGCUAAUGAUGUUAGCCGGCCUCAUCCGCCUCAUUGGGUAUGGCGUGGUCAAUACACGUUACAAGUGCGAAUUGCCUCGCUCCUCCCCAUUGGAUACUUCGAUAGCUUCAAGAAGAAAUUGGCGGGAUUGGAUGUGCUAGAGCGUAAAAUUCAAGAACAAGGAGGAGCGAGCAAGGUCAAGACAUCUUGA